AUGGCUGAUCGGAAAGAUGCUGCAGAGGCUGCAGAGGCUACCCACAUCGAAGGGACUACAAACGAGAGUUCGGCCCUGAACCAAAACGCUCUGAAAAUUUUAUGGACGAAUCCUACAAUACUCUUUGCUAGUUUGUUUGCCAACCUGGGUUCAUUUAUGUAUGGUUUUGAUAACACAAUCCUGGCCAUGGCUCUACCAAUGGUUCCCUUUGAAAAGCAGUUUGGUACAUCUUAUUCAACAUCCGCUGGAACAAGCUAUAUCAUUCCGGCACACUGGCAGUCUCUAUGGAAUGCACUCGCUCAGGUAGCCACAGGCCUCGGCUCUUUUUUGGUCGCCUUGAUUUCAGACUCAUACGGAAGGCGGAUGUCAUUUUUCGUUGCAGGAAUUAUAUCCGCUGCCGGAAUUGCUGUUCUCUACGUGUCGGCCCAUCCAGCAGUCUUCUUGGUGGGCAAGAUUAUCAAUGGAGUUGCUUUGGGUAUGGCCAUAGCCGCUGGGCAGACGUACGUGGCAGAGGUCUCGCCAAUGAAAUGUCGAGGAAUUUUACUUUCUAUCUAUAUUUUCUCCUUGUAUCUGGGUUCGUUAAUCGGCUCUAUAAUUGCCAACUCUCGUGUGAACAUAGAGUCUGAUGCAGGCUAUAAAGUAAUGUUCUCAAUCGGGUUCAUCUGGGCCGGUCUCCUAGUUUUGUUUGCUUGGGUCGUUCCAGAGAGUCCGAUUCAUUGGAUCCGCAAAGAGAAAGUCGACAAAGCCCGCAAGGCAUUUCAGCAACUAUAUACUGAACGUGCAGACAUUGCGUCGAUCUUGGAUGAGGCAAUCCAGACAAACAAUGAGGAACAAGAAAUGAGAAGCACCACCAGAGAGGUGGGAUACAUUGACUGCUUCCGGGGUACAAAUUGGCGUAGGACAAGGAUUGUGCUGUACUGCAAUGGUGUUAACCAAUUGCUUGGUUCUACUUUCGCUGGAAAUGGCCCUUAUUUUCUGGUCAACGCAGGCAUGACAUCAAAGAACGCCACAUUGGUAUCUGAGAUUGGUGGAGCCUUGAACUGCGUAUCCAUGCUCGUUGUUUUCUAUUUGUUGACGCAGUUCACUCGCCGGAGCAUUAUUCUAUGGGGUGUCAGUCUUUGUGCGGUCAUGUUCCUCCCUAUGGGUAUCGCGGGCUGCUUUCCGUCCAGCAGCGCCGCACUGUGGACGAUCGGAAUCCUCAUGCAGGCUGUCACUGUGCUUGGAUUUGCGCCGAGUAUUGGGCCUGCAGCAGCUGUUGCAGCUGAAAUCCCCCAAUUACGCUUAAAGUCUAAAUCGCAAUCGAUCGGAUUUUUAUUCAAUUUUCUGUUUUCCACCAUCUGGAACGCCUUCGUCCCAUACCUUUUCAAUGCUGACGAAGCAAAUCUCGGAGGCAAAAUGGGUUUCAUCUUCUUUGCUACGGCUGUGUUUUCCUUUGCGAUUCUUUGGUAUGAGCUUCCCGAAACUAAAGACAUAACCUACAGCCAGCUUGACCAUCUGUUUCAUAAUCGGGUUCCUGCACGCCAAUUCCGGUCUGCUGCCACUGAAAUUGAAGCUUUCAGUAACAACAAAGCUUGA